GCGCUGCGGCUUAUUAAAUAUAUAAUAAAUAGUCAAAAAGUUUUUCUGCGUCACGCGGUGUGAAGAGCGUCCGCGCUAUUCUCCGAGAUGCACUUAACAGCCUUUUGUGCAGAGGAAUUUUUUGGACGAGUACAGUAGUUAAGGCGGUAAGGUUUAAAAAGAAAAGUGCGAACUGAAAAGCAGGAAACCCUGAGCUGCGAUAGAAAGCUUCAACGCAAAUCGUUUUUUGACACACGCCUCGGAGCUUCGGUGGCAUUGGUAACAUCAUUAUAAGAUGGUGUUCAGGACGGGGUUUACAUGGAUUUGUCUGCUGCUUUUGUUUUUUGCCAGCAUUAAAGAUGAAGGAAUCUACACCUGCAUCUUCAGAGUAUUUCCAAGUGGACGAAAUGAAACAGAAAUUCGUCUCAGAGUACAAGUUCCUCCUGUUGUCACUGUGGGCACUAAUGUUCCUGCUGUUGCUGGAGACACUGAAGGGAUUUUAGCGACCUGCACUGCAGCCAAUGCAAAGCCUGCAGCAGAAGUGUUAUGGAGUCUGGGUGCUUUAAACAACACAGUGAAAGUACAAAAUACUGUCACUGUGGACUCUGAAGAUAGAUACACUGUUAAAAGCAACCUGAUUGGAACUGCAUCUAAAGAUCUAAACCAAAAGAAGGUUCAGUGUGUAGUCACACACCCUGGCCUAAUGCAGAAACUGGAACUGAGUUACACAUUGGAUAUUCACUAUCCUCCCCAGGUGGUUUAUAUUAGUUCAGCAGGUGAUCAAGGGGAAACCCGUGAAUUUCUGUGUGCCACAGACGCUAAUCCAAAACCUACAAACUUUACCUGGGGCAGAUCUUUUCCAGUGAACGAGACUCUUUCCAGUGGUGGUAGUAGCAGACUGAUUGUUCAGCUGACCCCUGGUAGUUACGGAUCUUACUACUGUUUGGCGUCUAACCAAUACGGGGAAGCUGUUGGUUCCCUCUAUAUGCAUGUUAAAACAUCUACAGAAUCUAAAACCUGUUGGACUCUGUUCAUCCUAACCCUCAUUGCUGGGGUUUGCUGUUUUCUCUUUUGGAAGUUUGAAUUGUUUCAGCGUGUUAAUAAAAUACUGUGGGGUGAUAUCCAUCAACCUGUGCGUGGUGAAAUUCCAGACCACAAAGAGGAGCAUGCCAAAUUGAAGCAGUAAUUAAAGCACAAGAAGCCCCAACUGUCAUGAUUCAGCUCGGACUUUGGCCACGUGCAGUUUUGUUUAUGUUUCUCGUCACGUGUCUGCCCCGCCUUCGUCUGCUCCUUCCUGUCAUCACACC